CUCUUUUCAUUAUCUCUCCAAGAAAAUUUAAUGAACUCAAAUUAAUUUUCUUUCGAAUUUCCAAUUUUUUUUUUCCAACUAUAUCAGUCUCUGUUCACUUUUCCCUUUUUAGUUUUUUCUGAAAACGUGAUGAUGAGUUUCUGCAAAAAGAGUGUUCAUUCUUUUUUGGGUCUCACGGCCGCCACCGCGAAACCUGCCGAUUAUGAUUAUGGCGGUGAACCGCCAUGCAAAUGCGGGCUGGGUAUAAUCACUGCGCCUUCUUCUUCUGAUGCUUACCGUGGUCCUAACAUCAUUGAAUCGUCUCUCAUCAAGAUUCCCAUGCCGGCGGAAAAACGACUAGAAUCGACGGAACCGCCAACUGCGCCGUUUCCGGCGGUGGAGAGCUUGCUUUCGAGGAAGGACCUGGGUGAUUUCGGGUUCAUUGAUGAGGUAGGGGGCGGGGUGGAUGGACUGAUGUCAUGCACGGAGAGCUUAGGGUUCGAGAGUUACGACGAGAGGAGAGUUGACGAAGACUGCCGGAUCGAUAUUAUGGCGGCGGGGGCGGCGAGUUCUUCUUCUUCUUUGAGUUCGAGUAGGAGGAAGCAAUGGAGGGAAGAUAGGCAGAGGAGCAAAAGAGAGCCUAAGAAGUUUCCUCCUCCGUUGUCUUCCUUGAAUGAUAACGGACAGCCCAACUUCUUUCUCCGGCCGGUGAGGAAGGACGGCAGGCUGGAGUUGACUGAGGUCAGGAUCCACAGGCCGGAGAUCCUCCGUGCCUCCCGACAAGAUGGACGGUUGAGAUUGCACCUUAUCACCGACGAAGAACAAGGCCAAGAAGAUGUCGACGUCUCAGAAGAAGAAGAAAUUUAUGAGGAAGCUGAACAAGAAUUAAUGGGAUUCGAAAGGCAGGAAGAAGAAGAAGAGGAUGAAGAUGAAGAAGAACUCGUCGAAGAAGAAGAAGAAGAAGAAGAAUGGAGGUUAGGGUCGGCGGCGGUGAGUAGUGGGAGUGGAGAUGGGAUGAGAAUCAGGUGCCAUGAUGUAGCGGUGGUGAAUCAUCAUCACGAUCAUCAUCAUCAUCAUUAUCAGCAUGAUGGUCACCACCAUAACUUGCAUGUGUGGAGCCAGCAUUGCGUGACGACUAGGUGAUGAUGAUAUAGCGUAUAUACUUUAUAUAUGGUUCACGUGGGGGAUAGAAGAAACCAGACAGCUUACACGGAAGCUAGCUGUUUUCAUGGCUGGGUCUGCUCUGCUCUGCAAGUCUGUGUGUGUUUUUGUGGGAAGUGUGUUGUAUAGAUAGUGUGUUGAAGUUGUGCAGAGAGUCAGAGUUGAGGUGUCAAGAAAAGUUGGAGGAUGAUAAUGGUGGAAUCUUUAGGAAAUGGACAGCAAACAGCUGGGAUGAAGAAAGAACAGUUGGUUGCUUUUUCCAUUUUUAGAAGUCACAAGUGGAUCAGAGUUUUCUUUUCCUUUUUUUUUUUGCUUUACUCUCUUCAUUUUUUGAUCUUAAUUGUUUAAGUACUGUUUGUUGUCUCUCUGUUAUAUAUUUGAAGUAUCAAAAUAUUCAAUCUAUCCACAGUUA